CGUCAGAGAGAAUCCGAAACUUUCAUAAGAUAAACGUGCGCUUUGCCCGUGUACACCUUCGUUUUUCAAUUCUUCGCUGUUUUCGUCCGAGUUUCCGGCCAUUAGUGACGGCGUAACCGAGUUCCAUACUGACGGAUUCAACCAAUAGGAUACGAGAUUUCUCCUCUACGUACCAGGAUAGCCGCAGUCACAUCCCUUGCAAGUGGUUGUGUACACGAAUUAGAGACUAAUUCUACAAAAACACAACUAUGGCCGCACAAAGGACAAUGUUUGUGAACAAACAGUUCAACUCUCCUAUCAAUUUGUAUUCACCUCAAGCAAUACAGGAAACCUUGGAUAGGCAAACUCAAGUUUUAGCUAAUGGUGCAGUUGGGAUCGACUUCAACCAACUCGCCAAACCAGCGAAUUUACAAAACAGUGCGGUUCUGCGAAUGCUCGAAGAGGAAGAGGCAAGGCAACGAGCUGGUGGUCAACCCAAUCUCAAGCGCGUAGCUUGGCCACCACCUCCAGAAGAUCAGGACUUCGACUUCGUGGAACAGGGACCUGUACAGGCGAAGACCCGUGGAAUCGGUGAUAUCGCCUCGUACCAGAGCAGUCCCUCGUCAGGUUCGUCACCUCAGCCGGCGUCUAGGAGUGCCGUUCCGUCAUCUCCGUCACCGGUUAGCCCAGGUGGUACAUUGCGACAACCAUCACACUUCCAACAUCAGCCAGCGCCAAAAGGUUGGCGACCGGUAACACCCCCGGCAACUUCUCCGAUCUCCCAUCAACCGACUCAACCAAUCUGGUACAAUCAGCAACAACAACAGAAUCAUCAUCCUCAGCAACACCCUCAAGAUUAUAAUUCGCUACGACCGUCACAAAACCAAGCCCCAGCUGCAUUUGAAGCACCACCUUCCACAAUCACACUUCGUCCGGAGCCUCCAAUCUCACAGGCACCAGCACCAGUUUACCAAGCACAACCUGCUGCGACAAAGGCUCCAAUAAGCGGAAACAUGAGAGGAGACCUGAAGUGGCCACCACCAUCAGUAAAGGCUCAAACAGAAGCCGAAAACAGAGCCAGGAUGGAAUUGGCGAAAGGUCCUGCUUUUAGGCCUCGUAGAGUGCACAAGGACUACAGCGGAUUUUUCGCUCAACACGCCUUGAAUAGUUCGUACCCGGGUUAUCGAGCUCCACCAGGCACUCAAUAUUUCACCCCUGCCUAUCAACAUUAGCAAAUUUAUUUGAAAAUUAUUUACUUUUCUGUAACUUCGUCCUGAGCACGAUUUUUUACAAAAUUUUUUUAAGUGUAACACGUGUUCUAUUUCUUAUUCGAAAAUCAAAUAUCACAGAAAUUCUUUUAAAUAAACGAAAAGAGGAAAAUAAAAUAAAAAUCACUCAGGACCAUUUUCGUUGGAUUCCGAAAUUUGUGCAUUGAAAAGAAGCAAAAGAACCAUACAAAUAAUCUAAUAUUUAAUUUAUGUGUUUCUAAUAAAAUUUUUUUCUAUACGCAAGACUUGGAACUGUAUACACGUGACGAAGUACAUUUUUCGCUCUUUCAGUUCUUAGUUCAAAUGUUCAAAAUAAUACUUUCACGAGAUAUACAAGACACUUCUUCAGGUUCUUAAAACACUUCUGUUCGGAUUUCGAAUUUCAACAUAUUUUGUAUAUACUGAGACUGAUGAAACACUUGCUUUUUAUUGCCGACUCUUGUUUGUGAAUAAAAGUCUAAAUAAUAACAUAGCUUUAAAAACG